AUGCCCUCUGCUCAAGAUUCCGCCACCAAGAUCUCUAUCGAUAGAUUCGAUGGAGACAACUACGCGACUUGGAGCCGCUACAUGCGUGGCGUGUUCCUGACCAAGUCGACGUGGCACGUGAUCAACCGAGAGACCAACCCCACCUUCGCCGAUCCUCGCGCCAGUGAUGAGUACGUCAAGACCAACAACAUUGCGUUCGGCUUGAUGUUACUUCACAUGAGCGCGGACUAUCAUCACGUGGUUGAUGACUGCGACGAUGCAUGGGUCGCGUGGACACAGUUGAAGAUUCUCUACGGCGGGUCGCAGAAGGCGGGACGGAUCUUCUUAAAGCGACAGCUUUUCAGCAUGGAGAUGGCGGAAGGCGGCAAUGAAAUGUAUCAUUGCAAUGAAGUUUUUAACAUCAGCGCCAAGCUCAGCAGCAUCGGCGCCAAGAUGGAGGAUGAGGACGUGGCGAUCUGCUUGUUGUGCAGCCUCCCCAAGAGCUACGAGAACGUCGUGCUGAACUUGGAGAUGAGCAGCGCGGAACUGCGGACGCAAGACGUCGUGAAAGUGCUGACGAAUGAGCACAUCAAGAGACAAGGGAAAUAG